AUGAAGGAAGAAGUGAAGAUACUCAUUGAGAUCCCAAAGAAGAUAAAGUCACUACUUAAGAACUUUGAAGUUUUGGUUCCUGAAGAGCUGCCAGAGGGACUUCCUCCUAUGAGGGAUAUUCAACACCACAUUGAUUUCAUUCUAGGCUCAGUGCUUCCUAAUCUUCCUCACUAUCGUAUGAACCCACAGGAGAAAAAUAUUUUACAUGAUACCAUUGAGGACCUCAUUAAGAAGAGCCACGUUCGAGAGAGUAUGAGUCCAUGCGCCGAAGAAGCAAAUGCAGCUUUUGCUCUUAUCAAGGAGAAGAUUACUACUGCACAUAUAUUGGCAUUUCUACAUUUCGACAAGCUCUUUGAGCUUGAGUACGACGCAUGUGGUGUAGGUAUUGGAGCAGUCCUCUCUCAAGAGAAGCGCCCCAUUACUUUCUUGAGCGAGAAGUUGAAUGAAGCUCGGCAGAAGUGA